CAAAAAAAAACAGGAAGUGUUUUAGAUAAGUCCGAAGUGAUUGGGCAGAAACUGUCAUGUGACUUAAAACUGCAAUUUGGGGACUGUUGCGUAGUUGCCAACGUGAAGCAAAUGAGUAGCGUCUAUAGACUGACAAAGAAGCCGCCCUCUAGAGGAAGAAGACAGGCAGACGACAGUGAAUAUACAGACGACUCGAACGAAUACGGUCCAGCAGUGGAUUCGCCCGGUAGCUCGCAACAACCAGAAGAUAGAAGCCAGACCCUCUCGCCGCGUCACACUUCCGGAUCAACUUUCGGAUAUCAUGUAUUUGUUCCAGAUGAACAGAAGCAAGCAAAACUAAAACAAGUGGCUGAGGCGGAGGAGAGUGCAUUUGCAGAGCACAGGAGGAUACAGCUAGCUCAAUUACGUAGUGAAACAAGGCAACUUGGCGAGGGUGUCAGAAGUGUGUCGUGCGAAGAGGCAAGGGAAAGACAAGCAAGAAAGAAUCGGAGAGCCAAACAUGAUUUUCAGAUGAAACGAGAAGAACGUGCAGAAGCUGAAAAAAAGAGACAAGACAACAAACUGAAACAGAUGAAACUUGAAGCCAGACGGAAGAGUGAAGCACUAGAGACACGAAGAAAGGAAGAAAUGCGAGCGGCAAGAUUAAAGCGGUUUGCAAGCAAUGAACACUCAUAGACGUAUUUAGGAAUUUUCAUGUUAGUCUAACACAUUCCAUUGUUUGUGCCUAAACCACUAUAAUUCAACCACUAUUUUAUUAAUGUCAA